AUGUCAAGUGUACCUAAAGGUGGUGGGAGAGGUAUAGAUGGGACCCUCCAGAAAACCCAAUAUAACCAACCCCCGAUGUAUGAAUAUCCAAAUCCCACAAUGACCAUCUCUAAUAAUCACAAUGUGGUUCAAGAAUCAGCUCAUAUGUACCGGGUCGCCGUUGAUUCAUCUAGACCAUAUAUUGAUCAGAGGUAUAUGCCUACCUAUCCUUAUUAUGCACAAGAGUUCGUUUCAAAUGUUCCAUAUAUGAACCCAGUGUUGAAUGUACCUCCUGCUCAGGUUCAACCAGCCCCAACUUACCAGGCUCCAGAACGCAAAAAGGUUCUUCUGUCCAUCUGUGACCCUCUCACAGGAGAACCUAUCGAUUUCAAUAAGGAUGACAAAAAUAAAAAAACAGCUCCAGAUACCAGAAAAGCCAAUGCUGAUGCUGACAAGAAGAGAGACUCGAUUAGAAAAGAGAUGAACAAGAAAGUGUUAAAUGAAAUCAAAAAGAAACCAGAAUCUGGCCCUAGUGUUCCUACAGGCACAGUACAUUUCUCUGAAGCUGCAGCCCCAGUGUACUCCCCAGUGGUUGUACCUCCCGUCGUAAUUGCUCCUGUUAUUGCUUCUGUCGCUGCCCCUGUUGCUGCUCCUGUUGCUGCUCCUGUUCCAGUUGUUGCUCCACAACCUACUGCUGCUCCAGUAGUGAAGAAAGAAGCCACUCCAGUCCCUGAACCAGUAGAGAAGCCCCAGGCACCAGUCGAGGCUCCAAAAGCUGAACCAGUUGUUGAGGCUAAACCAGAACCAACUCCAGUUGAAAAUGAAGAUGUGCCUGUGCCUGUUGAGGCUGAGAAGGCUACCAUUGCAAAAGAAUUGGAUAAUGUCACAGAAAGCUCAUCAGUCGAUGCACCAGCAGAGAGUGCUUCCUCUGAAACCCUUGAAGAUGGGGAAAUUGUUGAUGAUCCUGAAACGGAAGUUGAUGCUGAAGAAGAAGCUCGCAGAAAGGAAGUGGAAGAAGCAGAAAAACGUCGUGAACGCGAGAACGAGCUCGAUGAGCUGAAAAUACGUUUGUUGAAUGAUAUCACUGAAGUCAGUUUGGCUAACAACUGUUACGGACGUGCAUUCCUCUAUUGCGUCAGAGAUAUUGAAAAGGAGUUCAAACGCACCACAUGUCCUUUGUCACAAAAGGAAUUAGAAAACUUUGGAAUCGAUAUUCUUUCGAUGCCAAAGGGCUCUGACAAAAAACGACAGGACUUCAAUCCUUCCUGGUUACCUAGAAACUCUAUUACUGGUCAAAGAACAGGCAGAGGAGCUCAAUAUUCGGGUAGAAGCUCCCACAAUGAACACAGAGGUGGAAGAGGUUCAGGAAGUAAGAAGCCAUACAGUGGAAAAGGUCUAUCUAUUGAUCGACCAAUGGAGAAGAAGAUAAAUCUUUCACACAAAGCAGAAGAUGCGUGGAAGCCAGAUAAACUCAAGACUGAAGAUCAGGAGGAUCACUUGAGGGAUCUUCUCCGUAAAGUCAGAGCUCUGCUCAACAAGAUUACCCCAACCACCAAGGAAGAACUCAUCAAGGAGUUCCUUUUAUUCAAGAUUUGCAAAGUUCCCCCAGAGGCCAAAUACAAGGCAACUGAUCAACUGGCUGAGGUGGUCAAUAUCAUUUUCGACAAGGCUGUAGAAGAGCCUAAGUUCUGUCCUCUCUACUCUGAGUUAUGUAAACGCCAGGUAGAUGAAGAAUUGGCCGAGAAUUCCAAAUUGUCUGAGCUCCGUAACGCUCUUUUGAACAGAGCUCAAGCUACAUUCGUUAACAGAGACUUCCAAGAGACUUUCGCCGCUAAGAUGAAAGCCAUGGAAGAAGAAGCCGAUGGUAAGGUAAAAGCCCAAUUGAGACAGGAGAUUGAGGAGUUUGAAGGAAAGUUCCGUAGAAGGAAGUUCGGAAACAUUAUAUUUAUUGGACAAUUAUACUGUCAACAAUUGUUAUCAACAAAGAUUGUCAACUGGUGUUUGUAUGAUUUGAUCAAGCACACUCACAAAUCAAACGAGCGACUUCCUGAGCCUCCUUAUGAUGAGGAAUCUCUUCAAUGCGCUGUCCAAAUGUUGGAAUCAUUAGGAAAACAACUCGAAGGAGCUACUGAUUUCCCAGGUAGACAGUAUUUGGAUCAAACCCUCGGCCAUCUCGAAGAAAUCUCCUUCUUCUGUUCAAACAGAAUCAGAUUCAUGAUUCUCGGUGUCAUCGAGUUGCGUUCCAACAAAUGGCAAUUACGUAAGGUUGUUGACCAGGGACCCAAGAAAAUUACCGAAAUUCACAACGAGAUCAAACAAGAACAGAUGGAGAAUUUGCAACAAAGAGAAUCGUAUGAUAAGAGACAAGGCAUGCGUGCUGGUGGUGGUUCCCUCCGCCGGCCUGCCCCACCACCAGUGAGGAACUCCUCCGAUAAUAGGUAUGGACAGGGUAAACAAGAUAAACGGGCUGCUGCUGCUGCCAGUUCCAAGUUAACGGCGACCCACGCUCCUCCCAGGCAGAUAUCUUUAUCACAGGUCGGCCAAGAGGACAAGAAGAGGACAUGGAAGAGCGGAGCCAGUGGUGGAGGAGUCGGACAAGAGACAAAUAACCGUAUAUCUGAGAGAUGGCAUAAGAAUAGUAGUAGAGAUGGAACAAUUGCAGCAGCACAACGAAUGGGCAGUACUGAUCAAAGAAGCCCUUCACAGAUGUCUUCUGCCUCUCAAGAUAAUGAAGAAAGCCAGGAGGAGAAACAAGAAAGAGAACGGGUAUUGCAAAGGCUAGCCAAAUGCAUCAAUAGUGACUUAGAAGAAGUAGAAGCCAAAGAAAUGACAAUUGAAGAAAUGUCUACCUAUUUAUAUGGACACGUCGGAAGUGAGAAAUACGGAAAGCCUUCCGUAUCAGAUGUGUUCCAACGAUUAAUGCAAUCUGCUGUAGAAUGUGUCAAAGCUAAGUCAUUAUCAACUUUGGGUCAUGUCUUAUGUAAGGCUCUUCAAGACUCUAAAAACAAAACCCAAGCUCUUGCCGGAAUUGCUAAUUAUUGUACUUAUGCCGUAAAAACCGAUGCCUGGUGCGAUUACCCUAAGGUUGUUUGGGGUGGCAUUGCUGAGGUCAUUAUUAACUCUAUCUUCUGCGAAACAGCACUGUUCGAAGGUCCUCGACCGUGCCUCAAUGAUUUCGCCGAGUCCUUCAUUAACGCCAGUAAAGAUAAUCGCGAUGAUCAUCCUUACGAAUUACUUGUAACAGUGUUACGGAUGAUGGCUGAGAAGAACGUGCAGUUAGCCGGUGAGGAUCAUGCUACAUCAUCCUCCAUGACUUUCCACGAAUUGUCAUUCCUCCGAUCACUUGAUAGCGUAAGGCUGGAGUCAGCAUUGAAAGCUCGUCCAGCUCCUGAAAAUACUGGGUUCGCGUCGUUGCAUGCUCUUCUGGAGCAUUCGUGA